GCGGACGUGUUUGUGGCUGUUGAGCCCGAUUUACUAGACGCUGCUGGAGAGAUUGAAUCUGUGCCACCCUCUCAUGCUUGCGAAUCCAGUGUUAGUUUCCACUUGGGGACAAGCCGCAACCAGGCCUAUGCCGAAGGAGAAAACCUGUGGCCACCGAUUAUGUACGAGCACAUCUGUGCAUAUUUCCUAGACAAGAUGUGCUGCGAUGGCGACUCUGUAAAAGCUUUCAAAUCUCUUGAAGCCUUUCAGUACGUGAAGUCUGGAAAAGUAAAUGCAAUCAAAGUUGCACAACUGGAGAGUGGCAUAUCUAUUGUGAAAGGGGAGGUCAGUCCAUCCCAGCGGCAAGGGAAGCCGUACACCUGCUGGAUAGCCGUGAGGUCAUCUGGAGAAAUCCUGGACGCCCAGUGCACCUGCAUGGCUGGGCUGGGACGAGUCUGUAGCCACGCUGCGGCUGUCUGCUUUGCAAUCGACUUUUGGACCCAAGAGGCCUUGGAGGAGGAAGCACCGACAGAUCUUCCUUGCAAGUGGGUGAAGCCUACCCUGAAAAAGGUAACACCAAAGGUAUCCAAGGACAUUGUGUAUGUGCACCACAGGCGUGAUACACACGAGAAUGGACAUCCUCGAGAGCAGCAACUCCCAAAGCUUAAAGGGGUGCCAAAUGUUGAGCUGUUUCUGGAAAGACUGAAAGAGGUGAUACCAACCGCAAGGGUCUUCACGUUGACCGAGUGCCGGGCAAGGCAAGAAGAUGCUGAGCAACCACAGCAGAAAGCCCGGGAAUUCAAAGUGACUCUAGAGCAGCCACUCUGUGCAUUCAGCCUCAGGGAGCUCAGCUGCAGAGGCUGUGUGAGUGAAAAUGUACAAGAACUCUCAGAGUUUCUGAUGACAAACUUGUCAAUAACAAAGGAGGAGGCAGACCGCAUAGAGGUUACAACACGGAACCAGCAUGGGUGUCCUGCAUGGUUUCGACACCGGAAGGGCCGUAUUACUGCAUCGAUUUUCAAGGAUAUAUGUCGGUCCAAGCGAGUAAAGUGUGCUACACUCGUGAACAAAAUGCUCAAGCCACGGCCGCUGAAUACCCCAGCCGUGCAGUACGGCAUCAGAACUGAGCCUGAGGCAAAAAGGAAGCUUUUGGGGUACCUCAGCACUUCCCACACAAAUGCGAGGCUUGAGGAUUGUGGCCUCAUGAUCCACCCUGAUUAUCCGUUUUUUGGGUGUAGCCCAGAUGCAGUGUUCUAUUGCGACUGUUACGAACCAGCUUUGGUGGAGGUAAAGUGCUCUUAUGUCUUGCAACACUGCGAGCCGAAAGAUUUGUUAGAAGCGGGAAAGAAAAUGUCAGAUUUUUGCUUUACAAAAGAAGGGACGUUGAAGUUGACACAUGCCUAUUAUUACCAAGUUCAGGCACAGCUUCAUUUGAACUUGAUGGACAUUUCCACAUGUUAUUUUUACUAUCAUCUGCCAAAGGGACGAGGCCCAAUCUUGAGGAUUUUCAGAGACGAGUCGUUUAUGGACAGUAAUAUAGCCAGCCUAAACAGUUUUAUGCUCGACAUUAUCCUUCCAAGAAUGAUUCUUAUGUGAUCUACCAACUGAGCAUGUACUAUCGGGGAAAAAUUAAAUGGGAACA